UAGUUUUUUUAUCACAUUGACAUCGUGCAUGGCAUCUUAACAUAAUAUGAGUCGAUGUAAUGGAAUUUUGUUCAAGUAGAAAUUGGUCGUUGUCCCUCAUUAUUAUACACAUGUUUAAGUUUAAUUAAGACACAUAUGUUAUCACCGGAAUGUCUAACUAUAUAAUUGUGUUGGUCUCAACUCUCAAGGAGGAUGGAUUAUGGUGCUUGUGAACUAGUGGAAGACAUUGCUAGGGAUAUGUAUGAAAAGAUUUUCCCUACCAAACGAAUUGGGAUCUACAGGAAGAUGCUGAAGUUAGAAAAAAUUGUUUACAAGCAACUAUGGGGUAUCCGCAGCAUAGGCAUAUGGGGUAUGCCAGGCAUAGGAAAAACAACACUUGCCGAAGCAGCAUUUGACCAAUUUUCUGGUGAUUAUGAAGCUUCUUGCAUCAUCAAAGACUUCGACAAAGAAUUUCUUGCGAAAGGACUUUAUCAUUUGUGGAAUGAAUACUUAGGGGAAAAUAUAAACAAUUCUUUUAUCAAGUCCGGACAAAAAAGACUUCUUAUCGUCCUUGACAAUGUUCUUAAACCUCUGGAUGCAGACGCUUUUCUUAAUGGGUUUGAUUGGUUUGGUCCAGGGAGCCUGAUAAUCAUAACCUCUAGAGAUAAACAAGUACUAGUGCAGUGUGGCGUCAACCAAAUAUAUGAGGUUGAAGGUUUAAACAAAGAUGAGGCUAAGCAACUACUUCACGGAUGCGCAUUUGGAAUAGACUGGAGAAAACAGAGUGGGUUGGAAACUCUUGCACCUUACUAUAUUUCUGUCAAAUAUUUUAGUGGAAACCCUCUAGCUCUUAGCCUUUAUGAAGAAAUGUUGUCACACAUGAAGUCAGAUAAAAUGGAGGUUAAGCUCCUCAAGCUCAACCACCCUCCACCUCAGAUUAUGGAAGUAUUCAAGAGCAAUUACAAUGCACUUAAUGAGAACGAGAAGAGCAUGUUUCUAGACAUUGCUUGUUUCUUCAGGGGAGAAAAGGCGGACUACGUGAUGCAACUGUUUGAAGGAUGUGGAUUCUUUCCACAUGUUGGAAUAUAUGUUCUAGUGGAUAAGUGUCUGGUGACUAUUGUAAAAAGAAAGAUGGAAAUGCAUAAUCUGAUCCAGAUUGUUGGGAAGGCGAUUUCAAAUGAAGGAACUGUAGAACUUGAUAGGCAUGUCAGACUAUGGGACACUUCAAUCAUUCAACCUCUGCUAGAAGAUGAAGAAACCAAAUUAAAGGGUGAAUCUAAGGGUACUACUGAAGAUAUUGAAGUCAUAUUUCUAGACAUGUCUAACUUGAAAUUCUUUGUCAAACCUGAUGCUUUCAAGAGUAUGCAUAAUCUUAGAUUUCUGAAGAUUUAUAGUUCUAAUCCUGGAAAGCAUCAGAGAAUUCGCUUUCGAGAAGCUCUUCAGUCUCUUCCCAAUGAGCUACGGCUACUCCACUGGGAGGAUUAUCCUCUACAAUCCCUGCCACAACAUUUUGAUCCUACGCACCUUGUUGAACUCAACAUGCCUUACAGUAAACUUCAAAAACUUUGGGGUGGAACCAAGAACCUUGAGAUGUUGAAGAUGGUCAGGCUUAGUCACUCGCAAGAUCUAGUUGAAAUUGAAGAACUGAUAAAAUCUAAAAAUAUUGAAGUAAUCGAUCUCCAAGGUUGUACAAAAAUACAGAGUUUUCCAGCUACAAGACAUCUACAACAUCUCAGAGUUAUUAAUCUUUCUGGUUGCGUUGAGAUCAAAAGCACACAGCUCGAAGAAUUUCAGGGCUUUCCAAGGAACCUGAAAGAAUUAUAUCUUUCUGGUACUGGGAUAAGAGAAGUGACAUCAUCAAUCCACCUCUCCUCACUUGAAGUUUUGGAUUUGUCUAACUGCAAAAGACUUCAAAACUUGCCCAUGGGAAAGGGUAAUUUGGCUUCUCUUAUUAAACUCAUGUUAUCAGGGUGUUCAAAGCUCCAGAAUAUUCAAGAUCUCCCAACAAACCUGAAAGAGCUAUAUCUUGCUGGGACCUCUAUAAGAGAAGUUCCAUCAUCAAUCUGUCAUCUCACUCAACUUGUUGUUUUCGAUGCCGAGAACUGCAAGAAGCUUCAAGACUUGCCUAUGGGAAUGGGUAAUUUGAUCUCUCUGACUAUGUUAAUUUUAUCUGGCUGCUCAGAGCUCAGGAGUAUCCCCGAUCUUCCACGGAACCUUAGACAUUUAAAUCUAGCCGAGACCCCCAUAAAGAAACUGCCAUCAUCAUUUGAGGAUCUCACUAAACUGGUUUCACUAGAUUUGAAUCACUGCGAAAGGCUUCAACAUCUCCAAAUGGAAUCUUUCGAAUCAGUAGUUAGGGUGGAUCUAUCUGGCUGCUUAGAGCUGAAGUAUAUCCUAGGUUUCUCACUUCAAGACAUUACACAACUUCAUGAAGAUGGGACCGACAAAGUGAUGUUACAUGGAACUCCUCCAUGUAACGUCACCUUAAUUUUAGAGACGUGGAGAACAAGACAUGUCACUCCAAUGGAAAAGAGUGGGUCUAAAUUUUAUCUUAAGCUUAUGCCAUUUGUAACCACGCCAUAUCGUUCAAAGUUGCAAUCUUCCCUAGUGUUCCGUAUGUAUGCCAUGGUAUCUUUGUUUCUCAGUAAAGCAUACCUCCUUGACAUACAUAUACCUCAAGAGAUAUGUAAUCUCCUUUCACUCAAGACAUUGGAUCUCAGUGGAAACAAUUUUGGUAAACUUCCUGAAAGCAUCAAGCAGUUCCGCAAUUUGGAGAGCCUUAUAUUAUGUCAUUGCAAAAACCUCGAAUCACUUCCAGAGCUUCCUCAAAGUCUAGAGUUUUUGAAUGCACAUGGUUGUGUGUGUCUAAAAAAUAUUCAUAGGAGCUUCCAACAGUUUCCUAGACAUUGCACAUUCAGCAAUUGCUUUGAGAUUUCUCCAGACAUCGUUAGGGAGAUUUUAGAAGCAAGAGUUGCGCAAAUGGUCAUAGAUCAUACUCUGCAGAAGCUCAUCGAAGCACCAGCAUUCAGUUUCUCUGUUCCAGCAUUCCGUGAUCCAAAUUACAUCUUUCACUUAAACCGAGGUUCAUCUGUGAUGAUACGUUUAACUCCUAGCAUAGAAACGCUUUUGGGGUUCCAAAUAUCAGUUGCAGUUGCAUUUUGGAAUGAUUCCUACAGUAAUGCCGGUUUUGGAAUCAGGUGUGUCUGUAGCUGGAAAAACAAGAAAGGCCUUUCACGUCGACUUGAAAGAAUUUUUUCUUGUUGGAAUCCAAAGGAAGUUGUUCAAAAAAGUCACAUGUUUAUCUUCUAUGAUGUCUCGAUGCAUCCAUGUGUUGUUGAUGGAAAUGACUUCAAUAUAUUGGAUGAUGUGGUUCAUUUUGAAUUGCUUCCGGUUAGCAGGGAGAACAAGAUUCUUGAUGAUUGUUGCACUGUUACAGAGUGUGGAGUAUAUGCAAUUACUGAAAACGUAGACCAAACAAAUCUUGACUUUAGAGGACCGUCUUUUGCCUUGUUACCACCGUAUAAGAAGCGAAAACGAAGUUUCUCGGGAUCAGAAGACAUUGAAAUGGAAAACCAGAGGUUGAACAUCUCAAAAACCAAACAAGGGGAUGUCCCAGAAAAGAUAAGCCAAGCCGAUACGGCUUAUCUCACAUCACCUUCUUUGCUUCAACGUCGGAGCCAUCAGGUUUUUUUGAGCUUCAGUGAGGAUGUCCCAAGAUAUUUUGUCAGCUAUUUAAUCAAGAAAUUAAAAUGGAUUGGCAUUACUGUAGUAUAUAGUGGAUUCAUGGGAGGCAAGUCUAUGAGUCGUCCCGAGGUAACACAAGCCAUAGAAGAAUCAAGUAUCUCAGUCGUCAUUCUAUCAAAAGACUAUGUUUCUUCAAGUAAGUGCUUGGAUGAAUUGGUGGAGAUCAUAAGGUGGAGGGAAGAAAACUUGGGAAACAGAGUGAUGCCAAUUUACUAUGAAAUGGGUACAUCUGAUGUAAUGAAGCAAGCCAAAACUAUUGGGAAUAGAUUGGUGGAAACCUAUUUGGGGAAAGUAGUAGAGAAACCAGAGCUGAGAUGGAUGAGAGCUUUGGCAUACAUUGUCAAUAUAGUCGGUGAAUCUUCCCAAUACUGGGUUGACAAAGCGAAGAUGAUUGAGAAGACUGUUGUGGAUGUCUCAAAUCAAAUGAAUAUCUUGGAAUCAAAUGAAGCUGGUUUAUUGUUCAUUUACCAGGAAGAGGAGAACAUGGAAAACUUUAAGAGAAACGUUUACGAUGAGAUGAACGGUGUGCGCAUCAUUCCAAUCUGGCAUGUAUAUGCAUUUUUGUUGAUUUAUCUGUUUCUUCUUAUUUUAAAAUCACGCUUUAUACUACGAGACGUGAUCCACAAGUGAUUACGUUCAAACUCUGUAUAUAUUUGCUUCAUCGCGAUCCAUUCACUUAUAAUAUUUGACUUGUAAGAUUUAGUCUUUACCUAAAUUCAGUUGUAUCUCGAUUGGUCUUUUACGAUGUCCUAGGGUUUGAU